GAAAUUGCAGCAACGAAGAAGAAAACCUCAUGUCGUAAGAAGGAUAGUUGUGAAACAGCUUCUGAUGAUGGAGUGAAACGUGCAGCUCUUUCAUUAUAAAUUGUUGUUUGACAGAAAGAGUGCUUAUUUCCGAUGAGCUGGUAGCUGCUUUAGUAGAUCUAAAGAAGGAAUUGAAGCUUUUCCAGCCUGAAAAAAUGAGCUCGAUCAGAGAGGAAGGAAAAGACAAAAUCAUCUUUGUCACCAAAGAGGAUCAUGAAACACCAAGCAAUGCCGAGCUAGUGGAAGAAGACCCCAAUGACCCGUACGAGGAGCGAGGUCUUAUUCUUCCCAACGGAGAUAUAAACUGGAACUGCCCUUGCCUGGGCGGGAUGGCCAGUGGUCCCUGUGGGACUGAAUUUAAAGACGCCUUCUCCUGCUUUCACUACAGUAAGGAGGAGGUGAAGGGCUCUGACUGCCUGGAGCAGUUCAGAGCUAUGCAGGAGUGUUUGCAGCGCUACCCGGAGCUCUACCCUCAAGAAGACGAGACAUCAUCCAGCCAGACCUCGCAAGAAUCUGCUACCGCCGAGCCCUCGGGUGCCGAGCCCUCGGGUGGGGAGGCCUCGGGUGUGGAGCCCUCGGGUGUGGAGUCAACACCUGCCUCCGAGCAGGACUCUGAUAGCACACUGCCCAACACAGAGACCUCACCUGAGAGCUAAUAAUGAGCCAUGCGGCUCAAUAUCCACAUUUCACAAUCAUUCAUCCAUUUAAUGAACAGAAAUAAUGCCUGUAUUUAAAACAAAAAAAGUUUAUUUCUCCCUUUUUUCACUAUUACAAAGAAAUUGAUAGACGCUAUUUGACUCAUUGUCAGAAAUGUGGGAGGGAUGUGCUGGUGAAAGACUGAAAGACAAACAGGUGAUGAAAGAAUCCCAAAAUCUGUUGGCAUGUGCUUUGAAAUGACAGUGAGAAGAUGAAACCGUGUGAGUGGCUGCUAAGAAGGCACCGUCCUCCUCAUGAAGACAGAACUAGCAGUGGCCGAGUACACCCGUGAUGUAGCUGAGGACAAACCCGCUCGUGAAUUCAGUCAUUCUGACCUGAUGCAUUAUCCCACCUCAGAUGUAAAUGUGUGAACUGAAUGCAAGGAAAAGUGGCAGAAGUAAU